AUGGUUCACAACGCAGCUUCUGCGUGGACCGAGCCCCUCGACUGGGAGCAGGUCGACGACGAGGAUGCUUUCCUCCUGUCGGACGACCUCGCGAGCGAGGCGGGUGCGGGCAUCGAGGCCCAGGGCCAGGGCCUCGCCAAGGCGCAAGCCCAGGCCGCGAAUGUGACGUGGCUGCGGCGCACCGAGUACCUCAGUGCGGAGCAGCGCAAGCAGCGCGGCGUGGAUGCGAAGCAUGCAGCGCCGCAGCUCGACACGUCCCGGCCUGCGCAGAUCGAGCGCAUUGAGCAGGGCUUUGCAGCGGCCAACACGCCGCUAUCGUCGCUGUCGCAUCCCAGCAAGCCGGGCGUGCACGCCGUGGACGCCUAUGAAGUGCUUCCCGACCCUGAGACGUGGGCCACCAGUUUCCAGAUCAUCCGCUUCGCUGGCGUACUCGGCCGCUCAGCGAAGGGCGAGCCGGCGCUCGAUCCCCGCAUGGGAGCUGCGCUCCUGCGCCCCGUGACCGAUCCGCUGACAGGCCAGCAGCGUGUAUCGCUGUACCUGACGUGUGCCGACACAUUGCCGCCGUAUGCGCCCGGGGAAGAGGAGGCGCCACCCAGCGACGACUGGGACGAGGCGACCCAGCAGCAGCGGGAGGAUCUAGGUGCCGCGCGGUUCCGCAAGCGCCGCCGCCUGGGCGUGUUCCCCGAGGUGCCAUGGCUCGAUGGCGCCGCGGCCGAGGGCGAUUCGAAUGUCUAUGGCACUGGCUUCCGGCAUGUGCGUGAUCUCGAGCCGGUCGACCAGCCAGGCCCGACGGACCACCUGCUCGCGAUCGUGCUGGACGAUCAGCAGCCGGACGCUGCGCCGGACCUGGCGCGCGUGGACGUCGACCAAACCCUUGCGCAGUCUAUGCAGCACGACGACCUCUUUGAGGCGGACGAGUCGCCGGACGUCGAUACGACACUGCCGCCGCAGUCCGCACGCGAGCGCGAGCGCCAGCAUGUGGUGACGCCCGCGUCAGAAGGCCGCAAGGUCGCGUACUACCACCCGAUCGAUAUGCGCUACGGCCUUCGCCUGCGCCGUACCCGCAAGGCGGAGCAACGCCUCCUCGUGCCGUACGAGGGCUUUUGGCACCGGAUCAUUGUGGGCCACCGCCCGCUCACGGAGCGCGAAAUGGCCCGCCGCCUUGUUAUGCGUGAGGCCGUCGAUGCGCUGGAUAUGGAGGGCGUCGAGUAUGUGGAGAGCGAGGAUGAAGGGGAGGAAGAGGCUGCCGAAGACGCGCCUGCCGAAGAGGCGGCCGCCGCCGCUGAGGACGCGCCUGCCGAAGACGCUGCCACCGCCGCCGAGGAUGUGCCUGCCGAAGACACUGCCACUGCCGCCGAGGAUGCGCCUGCCGAGGAAGAGGCCGCCUCGGAUACCGACUCGGACGAGGCGGCUCUCGAUAUCGACGCGGAUGAGCUGGCCGAUCUGCAGGCAGAGGCCGAUGCCCACGACGACUCGAUGCCCACGGGCCGACGACGCCGCCACGAAGCCUCGGACUAG